AUGUCAGACUUCUUUAAACAGGCCAAGGACAAGCUCACUGGCGACACCAAUGUUGCCAACGAGCAUCUGAAGAAGCUUUCGUCAAAGUACCAGCCCACCGCCGAAGAGCAACUCCAGACGAGGGAGCGCAACGAGCAGGCAUAUAGCACUUUGAUAGGAGCUGGGCAGAAACACAAGGAUGCCAGCAACGAAAGGGGAUCGAACCAAGUGCGGCUUCAAUAG